UGGACUUGCCUCUACGCUACCAACUACGUAACUUGGAAGUAGGUAAUAGCUCCCCCUCAUUGAUAAUUGAUAAGAGCUUCUUUUUGUUCACCAAAAUUGGUGUAGAUUUUUUCUUCUCCUAAACAAUGACAUACUGAUAGGUGAGGACCUAGUGUGGGUAAGCAGUCUUUUUCCCCUCGUCACAUUCAUCAUACAUUUAUGUACUACAACCUGCCGGACCACGAACCAGUGAACGGUCCGAUUGCUGUCUCUUAAUUGAGAUCGAUUUAUAGGUACCUAUCUCCUGACACCUUCGUUCCAAGGUCGAUGCUGUGGGCUGAUUUCGACAUGAAAAGAACGCACUACAGGUCCUUGUUAUUAUAAUAUCUCUUGCUCACCCACAUUCGCAUCUACCCGUCCAACUUAUUAGCUCAGCUUUUCCUCGACCUUAGAUGCAUGCAUCUACCUUCCUAUGAUACAUACUUUAACUAUACCCUUUCCAACCUUGAUCUAGUGAAACUCGGGUUUCCGAUUUCCUACCCUAUUCCACUCCUACGUCGCCUUUCGAACCAAAACCUCUUUUCAAAUAGUUAUUCCUAUUCCAAUCAAUAUAUCCAAUAUGGCGACACCAAAGAAGAAGAUCGCCGUCAUGACAUCCGGUGGUGAUUCACCUGGAAUGAACGCCGUUGUUCGAGCCGUCGUACGUAUGGCAAUCCACGUAGGAUGCGAUCCGUAUUGCGUCUAUGAGGGUUACGAGGGCUUGGUUCAGGGCGGCAACUUCAUCAGAAAGAUGGAAUGGAACGAUGUCCGGGGAUACCUUUCCGAAGGUGGUACAUUAAUAGGCACCGCAAGGUGUAUGGCCUUCUAUGAGCGCCCGGGCCGUCUAACUGCUGCUAAGCACUUAAUACUUAACGGCAUUGAUGCUCUCAUCAUAUGUGGUGGUGAUGGCUCUCUUACUGGUGCUGACAGAUUCCGAGCCGAAUGGCCCUCCCUACUCGAAGAACUCGUUUCCACCGGUCAGCUAAAUGCGAAGCAGGUUGAGCCCUACCGAUACCUCAACAUUGUUGGACUCGUCGGCUCGAUUGACAAUGAUCUUUCUGGAACCGACGCCACCAUUGGUGCCUAUUCCGCCUUAGCACGUAUUUGCGAAAUGGUCGAUUAUAUUGAAGCCACUGCUUCCUCUCACUCGCGAGCCUUUGUUAUAGAGGUGAUGGGGAGACACUGUGGUUGGCUUGCCUUAAUGGCAGGUGUAGCUACCGGUGCUGAUUUUAUAUUCAUUCCGGAGAAACCUAGGGAGGACAACUGGAAAGAAGAGAUGAAUCAAGUCAUUAGAAAGCACCGGGAUUGGGGGAAACGUAAAACCAUCGUUAUCAUCGCCGAAGGUGCCCUAGAUAGGCACGGAACCAAGAUCACACCCGAUAUGGUAAAGGACUUGCUGGCCGACAAAUCUGGCCUGGCCCUCGACACCCGUAUCACCACCCUCGGCCAUGUCCAAAGAGGUGGCACCGCAGUGGCAUAUGACAGGAUGCUCGCUACUUUACAAGGAGUAGAGGCUGUCAAGGCUGUCCUCGAGGCAACACCGGAAACUGAGACUUGUGUCAUCGCUAUUACCGAGAACAAGAUAGUCCGAAAACCCUUGAUGAAAGCUGUGCAAGAAACCAAGCAGGUAGCCAAGGCUAUCGAAGCCCAGGACUUUGACAAAGCUAUGUCCCUGCGCGAUACUGAAUUCUCUGACCAAUAUAAGUCAUAUAUGAUGACUACGACUAUGGGCCUUGACCAGGACAUACACCUAGAAGAUAGUAAACGAAUGAAGAUUGGUUUUAUUAAUGUGGGAGCACCCGCUGGUGGUAUGAACGCCGCAAUUCGUGCAGGAGUAGCUUAUUGCCGAUCCCGGGGGCAUGAGCCGCUUGCAAUCCACAACGGGUUCGCUGGCUUUGCUCGACAUCAUGGCGAUAAGCCUCUUGGUGCUGUACGGAAAUUUGACUGGCUAGAGGUCGACGGGUGGGCAAGCAAGGGAGGCUCAGAAAUAGGCACAAACCGUGAACUUCCGGAAGAGUCUGGCAUAGAACUAAUCGCCAAGCUGAUCGAAAAGUAUGAGUUUGACGCGCUCUUCUUAAUUGGUGGAUUCGAGGCUUUCCACUCUGUAUCGCAGCUCCGCAAAGCCAGAUCCAGGUUCCCCUCGCUUUGCAUUCCUAUGACCCUAUUACCGGCGACCAUUUCCAACAACGUCCCCGGUACAGAAUAUUCCCUGGGAUCUGACACUUGUUUAAAUGAACUCGUCGCGUACUGCGACAAGAUCAAACAGUCUGCCUCGGCAACCCGGAGACGAGUUUUCGUUAUUGAAACCCAAGGUGGUCGGUGCGGAUAUGUCGCAAUUCUAGGAGGGCUAGGCGUUGGCGCAAGCGCCGUCUACAUUCCAGAAGAGGGCAUCAGUCUGGAAAUGCUCACCGCAGAUGUUAAGCAUCUGAAAGAGGUUUUCAAGAAGGACAGGGGUCAAUCACGUGCGGGACGACUAAUUCUUGUUAAUGAAAAGGCAAGCAAGGUCUUCUCGGCCAAGCUCAUCGCGGAUAUCAUCCGCGAAGAAGCUCACGACCGAUUCGAGUCUCGAGACAGCAUUCCCGGCCACGUUCAACAGGGUGGUGUCCCAUCCGCGAUGGAUAGGUGCCGUGCCGUUAGACUGGCUAUCAAGUGCAUACAGCAUCUUGAGAAGUACGGACCGAAACCACAGAAGAACCCCGAGAAAAUAAGCAAGGACCCCUUAAGUGCCUCCGUCAUCGGUAUACAAGGUGCGGAUGUAGUAUUCUCGCCCAUGGAGGCUCUAGAAGAGAAUGAAACGGACUGGAAGAACCGACGGCCCACGGUGGCACACUGGCUAGAUAACAAGGAAGUUGUAGACAUCCUUGGUGGACGUCCGGAGUACCCACUACCGGAAAAGAGCCUGGUCGGGCUCAUUGCCAAAGACGCCAAGCGCGGACUUAUCAAAGAUUAGAAAGGCUAAAAAGAACGACGGGCUGUUGGCUAAGGUAGGAUUAAGGGACUAGAACAUCGGGUCGAUACCUAGGUAGAUAGAUUGGGAUGGGUCCGGGUGCAUUGUUAUGAUUCUCCUACAUGGCUAAGGAAAUACUGAUAUUUUAUGAUUAAAUUCUGUGGUCA